AUGAGGCUGAUUUUUGCAACCCUGCUAGUAGGAAUCUGCUCAGCAGCCAGACUAGAAAACACCUAUCUACCACCAGGUGCGACAGGGGCUGGGGGUGGACCAGGCCUUUCUCCUCCCAGAGGCGGUGGUGGAGGAGCAGGAGCUGGAGGAGGAGGUGGUGGUGGUUUUGGAGGAAAUGGGGCAAAGUUUGGUGGAGGAGGUGGUCGUCCAGGAGGAAACGGUGGAGCUGGAGGCGGCGGAGGCGGAGGAGGUGGUGGAGGCGGCGGCGGCGGCGGAGGUGGCGGUGAUGAAAUCCCCAUCAUUUCGUACGAAAACGUCAAUAACGGAGACGGAAGUUAUAAAUGGAGUUAUGAAACCGGCAAUGGAAUUAAAGCCCAAGAAGAAGGCGAACUGAAACCAGGAGGCGAUGAAGGCAUCCAAUCGGCGGUGGGCUCCUUCUCUUACACCGCUCCCGAUGGUACAGAAAUCAAGGUGGAGUACACGGCCGACGAGAACGGUUUCGUCCCCAAGGGCGAUCAUCUACCAACGCCGCCUCCAAUUCCGCCAGAAAUCCAGAAAGCUUUGGAUCAGAACGCUGCUGAAGAGGCGGCCGGAGGAGGCGGUGGUGGAAACGGUGGAUAUCCAAGUGGAGGCGGCGGCAACGGCGGCGGCAACGGCGGCGGCAACGGCGGCGGCGGAGGAGGUGGAAAUGGUGGUUACCCCAGUGGAAAUGGAGGCGGAGGCAACGGGAAUGGUUACCGAUAUUAAAUUUUCUAAGGUCACAUGGAAAUAAAACCAGCGAGCUACCACACUAUUGAAGAAUAUCUAUGUAUUAAGUUUAUUUAUUUAUUUAUUUAAAAGCGACAUAAAUGUAUAUACCGAGCAUUUUUAUCGCAUAUUAUACCAAACUAUAAAGGC